CACUUUUUUCUCAUAAAACUUCGGUCGACACGUGACCGACACGUUAAACCCAUCAAUUUCUUUCACCCCCAAAUAGAACAAAAAGAAAUACUAAAAAAACCCUAGCUGCUGCUGCUGCUGCAACAAACCUCCAUUCUCACUUGAAACAAGUUUCCCCUUUUUUAUAUCACAUUUUCGCCCACUUCAAUAUUAUUCACUUCUUCUCUCUCUAUUGACCUAAAAAUUUAAUUAUCUUCAGAGGCACUUCUUUUUGAGCAGAGUGACUAGGUGUGAUGAAGAAAUGGCAACAUAUGUAUUCCGUUUGCUUCAGUAUUAAACUCAAGAGUACAGAGUGAUUUACUUAGUUAAACAGGACGACAAGAGAAUAUCCUUGUGUCUGGCUUAUACCCAUGGCUUUCUUCAAACACGAUUCUUUUAUUUGGCUUCAAACUUCCGAUGACUCAAUUCAACAAGCAGAGGAAGAAGUUGCUAUGUUUUGCCCAAUGAUAUGUCGAGAAGUCCUUCUAACAGGCAUGGGAUUUUCCAAAAACUAUGCCAUAAAACUUCCUAAGCGAGUCAGCACUGCAGCGCUAGGCUUGGUUCUUGACUAUUGCCGGUAUCAUCAAGUAGCAGGGCGCUCCUAUAAGGAACGGAAAACUUUUGAUGAUAAGUUCAUACGGAUGGAUGCGAACAGCCUAUGUGAUUUGAUUAGUGCUGCAGAUAGCCUCUUGCUAAGGCCAUUGGUUGAUCUUACGGCCCGUGCAAUUGCUCGGAUGCUUCAAGGAAAAACUGCAGACCAGAUACGCGCGACAUUUAAUAUGGCUGAUGAUCUUACUGAGGAAGAGAAGCUGGAACCUUUAACAAUUAGAACCAAGGAUCCACGUGUCCGUCUUUUGAAUACGUUAUAUGCGAGAAAGAGAGAAGAGUUGAAACUAAGAAAAUCAAAGAAUGUUGAGAUAGAAGAGGUGCGCGUUGAUGAUCGUUCUAUUGAUGAUCUCUUGUUAUUCAUAAAUAGUGAAGAUCAAGAUUCCAAAAGUGUUAAAUCUCUCAAGAACAAGAAGAAAAAUCGUAGGAGAAAGUAUCAUCAUAAGGACCCCUUUUCAAACAUUGAGGGUGAAAAUCAUUAUAAGGAAGCAGAUAGUCUCUCUUCUUCCCAUAAUAGUGAGAUUGAGGAUGUUUCUAGUCCAAGUAAAACGUUUACGUUGCUUGGAUCUGCUUCCCCUGAGUUUGAUUUUGAUGAUGAGUUGGAUCCUGCACUGAAGGAAGAGCUUGACAGGGAGGUAGAGGAUUUUGCUAGAAGACUUAACUCAGUCUGGCUGGAGAGGGUGCAAGGGCUCAUCUCCUUUGGUCAAGACAGGCGCAUUGCACCACUAUCUAGGAAUGGAUAUUAUGCUGCAAUGGAACUGGACCAUACUUGAUGCUGAUGAUUUCUCAUUUUCAGGUAGGAAGGUAGCAGUAUUAACUUGGCGAACCUAGUCUUAUAGGAUAGGCAGGAAAAGUAUAAAUCUUCUAGGCAUGUAAAGCAAAACAUGUGUGCUCUUGAUGUACCCACUGAAGUCACUAUGUGAAAAGAGGAAAUAGAGCUAUGAUAUUUUUGUCCCACUUUUAUAAAACCGGCCUUCUAUGGAGUUUUUUUUUCCUCUCAAGAUGUGGUGCUGCGCGUUUGUUUUCAACUUCUACUUAACGGUAUCAUGUAUUUGAGAUUGCAUGUAACCUUGGUACUUGGCUAAUCUAAUAUGAAAAAAAGUUGCAGGGAAAGAAUGUUACUCGUAUUUGUAUGCUUUAUUUAAGCUUCCAUUUUCUUUCUUCCGUGCCUUGUCAAUUGCACCGGAGCAAACGGGCAAUUGAACCGGCCCAAUGACUGGCCCCUGUUCAAUCGGGCUGGACUGGACCAGAAAAGUGUAUCCCUCCUUAAAAACCUAUGAAAAGUGGCCGAGACCUGAAAUUUAUAAAUCUUGCAGUUUUGCAUCAACUAUUUAUUAUUCAUUUAAUUAUCCAAUCAUCGAAUGAGUUCACAUUA